CAGGUCAGCUCAAACAUGGAGAGAGGAGCAGAGAGACAAAGAGGAGGUGAUAGGGAGGUGGCAGAGGGACGAGGCUCGGCGUGGGGGGAGGCAGAGGUGCUGGCUCUCAUGUCAGCGUGGGACGAGGUGGGAGCUCAGCACGUAGCCGACAGCAGAGCCACGUUUGAGUUGAUCUCAGAGCGUCUGAGGAGGCUCAGUGUUGUGCGCGGCUGGUGGGAGUGUCAGGCCAAGUGCAGGAGCCUGGGACUCCAGAGCAGGAAGCCAGACUCAGCAGCGGCAAACUACAGCCCCGGAGUGGAUGGAAGGCCGGUGGAGAGCUGGGAGGAAGAGGUGGAAGAUGUGGGUAAUCAAAGAGGAAUCUACCCUUCCUCAGUCACUGUCCCAGUACAGGAAGGUAAAUGUAACAAGAGUCUGAUCCAUCGGGCUCUCCCUUACACUGCGAGCGUGGCUGAAGAAGGCGGCCGCCACUGGACGGACGACGAGGUGCGAGCGCUGCUUUGCGUCUGGGCCGACCGGCGCAUUCGAGAGCGCUUGAAGUGCACGCUCCGCAACAAAUCCAUCUUCCAAGAGAUGGCCCGUCUGAUGCAGAGAAACUUUGGGGUGGUGCGCAACUGGAAGCAAUGUCGGACUAAAUACAAGAACUUGAAGUACGACUACAAGACGGCUAAAAGCGCCCACGCCGUCGGGGGCGGCGGCGCCGGCGGCCCUGGGAAGUACAUGAAGUUCUUCGACGAGGUGGAGGCCAUUCUUCUGGACCGGGGGCUGGAGAACGGCAGCGCGGAGAUGCAGAAGAGGUUGUACGAUGGAGAAGCGGGAGCAGGGAGGCUGCAGACGCCGGCCUCAGAGAGCGAGGUCGUCAUUGAGAUUGAUGAUGAUGACAACAGCGAUGAUUAUGAUAUGGACGGAGACAUGGACGCAAAAUGGAGAGGAACAGUUCUAUUCACUCCAGAUGCCCAUCUAACGCUCACGGAUCCAUCCAGCGCCGACCUGUUCCACGUGGUCACGGUGUCCGACACGGGCCGAAACUGGAGCGACCAGGAGGUGCGAGCGCUGAUACAAGUGUGGUCUGAUGAGCGCGUGUGCAGGCAGCUGGAGAGCUCGACCAGAAAGAGAGACAUCUUCAUCCAGAUCUCCAACAGACUGGUGCAGCAGGGCAUUGAACGCGACUGGAAGCAGUGCCACACCAAGUACAAGAACCUCAAGUACCUCUACCGCUCCCUGCAAAGAGGAAAGGGCGACGAAGCCGACCCGAGGCGCCUCAUGAGGUUCUACGACGAGGUGGACGCCAUUAUGAACCGCACCACUAACGGCUCGCCACAUGACGCAGAUUCAGGCAGACUUGCGAUGUUGGAGGAGAACGAUCAUGUCUGUUUGACAAAGACGAACACAGCGACCACGAUGGCGGGAACAACGGAGGAACGAACUUAUAGUUCUGAUUCUGUCUCGUCUGUGUGUCUCGACACAAAUGAAGAACCGAAGCUGCAUUCAGUCAAGGAGCUUCGCUUAGAGCAACAGCACAGAUUGAGUUCUUCUGAGACUCGGGUAAAGAGAGAGGACGUCUAUUCAUCCAACAGAAGAAUGAAGAGGAAAGCUGUGGAUCAAGACUCCACGCUCCUCCAGACACCAGCAAAGAAACUGGACACUGGCUCUGAUAAGGUGGAGUGUAAAGACGAGCAGGAUCCCAUCCCGAUAAUGAAGAUCAAUUCAGUCUGUUCGAUAGCGUCGCCCAACCCACCCCCAGACACACAGCACUGUCGCUUGUCGCAGAUCAUGGCCUCCACACCAGAGUUUAAGAUCGGUACCAAGCUCAAUGAAGGGAAAACGAAGCAGAUCUUUGAGCUGCUGGACCAGCCCGGACUGGUUCUGGUCCAGUCUAAAGACCAGAUCACGGCUGGUAACGCGGUGAGGAAGGACCAAAUGGAAGGAAAAGCUGCCAUCGCCAACAAAACCACCAGCGGCGUGUUCAAGCUGCUGCAGGAAUCCGGCAUUAAGACGGCCUUUGUGAAGCAGCACUCGGACACGGCGUUCAUCGCGGCCCACUGUGAGAUGAUUCCCAUCGAGUGGGUGUGUCGCAGAGUGGCGACUGGAUCCUUCCUCAAGAGGAAUCCAGGAGUCAAGGAAGGCUUCCGCUUCUCCCCGCUGAAGAUGGAGAUGUUCUUUAAAGAUGACGCCAACAACGACCCCCAGUGGUCUGAGGAGCAGCUGCUGGAGGCGAAGUUCUCUCUGGCUGGGCUCUCUAUCGGUCAGUGCGAAGUGGACAUCAUGAACCGCUGCACCGUGGCCAUCUUUGAGAUCCUGGAGAAGUCCUGGGCCACGCAGAACUGCACGCUGGUGGACAUGAAGAUGGAGUUUGGCGUGAACGUGAAGACUCAAGAGAUCGUCCUGGCUGAUGUGAUCGACAACGACUCGUGGAGGCUGUGGCCAGCUGGAGAUCGCAGCCAGCAGAAGGACAAGCAGGUGUACCGAGACCUUAAAGAAGUCACCCCCGAGGCGAUGCAGAUGGUGAAGAGGAACUUUGAGUGGGUGUCUGAAAGGGUCAAGCUGCUGCUGGAGCACCAAGCCAGCGGCAGGGUGGUGGUUCUGAUGGGCUCCACCUCGGACCUGGCUCACUGUGAAAAAAUCCGGAAGGCCUGCACCUCCUACGGGAUUCCCUGCAUCCUGAGAGUCACCUCGGCACACAAAGGCCCCGAUGAGACGCUGCGCAUCAAAGCACAAUAUGAAGGAGACGGCGUUCCCACUGUGUUCGUGGCCGUAGCCGGCAGAAGUAACGGCCUCGGCCCGGUGAUGUCUGGAAACACGGCGUACCCCGUCAUCAACUGCCCCCCCAUCACUCCGGACUGGGGUGCACAGGAUGUCUGGUCAUCCCUGCGUAUGCCGAGCGGUCUCGGCUGCUCCACAAUCCUCUCCCCCGAGGCCGCUGCUCAGUUCGCCGCGCAGAUCUUCGGGUUGACCGACCACCUGGUUUGGUGCAAACUGAGGGCCUCCAUGCUCAACACCUGGGUGUCUCUGAAGCUGGCUGACCAGAAGCUCCAGGCCUGCACCCUGUGAGGUGGAUCUAAACCCCGUUUGAGCCUCAUGUGUUCUCUUUUAGGGCUCCUCCGUCUGUCAGUAUCUUUGUUUACCAUGAAAACCCACUAAUGGUAGAUGUAAUAUACAUGUACUUACGUACACACAUGAAUCAUUCCAUUAAAAACAGAAAAUUAUUAAAAGCUUCUUAAUUAAA